CGUAAAACAAUGGGUGAAACUCAAACAUGUAUUAUAGGAAAAGCUUGCGUUUGCCAGAAGCAAAUGCCAAUUUUUAGAAAGAGGACGAUUGAUAAAAAAAAAAGUUCUAACAUUUUGAGAUGAAGAUAUUAAACGCAAGAGAUGCGUACUUGACCAAUGCCGAGGUUUAUUUGCACCUAAAGGACAUGGAAGAAGAGCAAAACCAAAGAACUCGAGAACGGGGAGCAGCAGGAGGAUUAGUAAGUGAAAAUUUGAGAACUAUACAAUUUGAAAUCCUGAAAUAUAUGAGCACGCAAACGAAUUGCUCCCAAAUGGAUGAAGAAAAGUUUCUUGCAUGUCUAAAGGUGUUGGAUGAAUAUGAAUUGACCAAAGCUGAAAAACUGGUAAUCUUAAAUAAUCGGCCGUCAAGUAUUCCGGAGAUUUAUGCUUGCAUUGAAGGGAUUGAGGAGCGUCUUCAAGAAGAGCAAAUGGAGGCUCUGAUCGAGAAAAUAAAUUCGGUUUAUCCAUAAAUUCCAAAAUGUGUUAAUGAUUUCUUGAAAACAAAAUGUACAUGUAAUUCUUAGCGGAUAAUAUUAUUAUGAGAGAGGGAAAUUUUUGAGAUGCGAACAUCUCUAUUGUAAGCUGAAUCAACUGGGGAGAAAGGAGGUGAAGGCUUGUCAUCAGAGUCCGUAAUUUAUC